AUGGAAGCACAGCCAGACAGCAGAAAGAGCAGCUUGAAAUGCCUGUUUGAGGAAAUCCUGCAGGAGCAUGAUGAGGAACGUGGGGCAAGCCCAAAUCCAACCGGCAGCCCGGCCACAGGCACAGCUCCAACAGGCAGCCCGGCUACAGGCACAGCUCCAACAGGCAGCCCGGCCCCAGAAACAGCUCCAACAGGCAGCCUGGCCACAGGCACAGCUCCAACAGGCAGCCCGGCUACAGGCACAGCUCCAACAGGCAGCCCGGCCACAGGCCCAAAUCCAACCGGCAGCCCGGCGACAGGCACAGCUCCAACAGGCAGCCCGGCCACAGGCUCAAAUCCAACCGGCAGCCCGGCGACAGGCACAGCUCCAACAGGCAGCCCGGCCACAGGCACAGCUCCAACAGGCAGCCCGGCCACAGGCACAGCUCCAACAGGCAGGCCGGCAACAGGCACAGCUCCAACAGGCAGCCCGGCCACAGGAACAGCUCCAACAGGCAGCCCGGCCCCAGAAACAGCUCCAACAGGCAGCCCGGCCCCAGAAACAGCUCCAACAGGCAGCCCGGCUACAGGCACAGCUCCAACAGGCAGCCCGGCCACAGGCCCAAAUCCAACCGGCAGCCCGGCGACAGGCACAGCUCCAACAGGCAGCCCGGCUACAGGCACAGCUCCAACAGGCAGCCCGGCCACAGGCACAGCUCCAACAGGCAGCCUGGCCACAGGCACAGCUCCAACAGGCAGCCCGGCUACAGGCACAGCUCCAACAGGCAGCCCGGCCACAGGCCCAAAUCCAACCGGCAGCCCGGCGACAGGCACAGCUCCAACAGGCAGCCCGGCCACAGGCACAGCUCCAACAGGCAGCCCGGCCACAGGCACAGCUCCAACAGGCAGGCCGGCAACAGGCACAGCUCCAACAGGCAGCCCGGCCACAGGAACAGCUCCAACAGGCAGCCCGGCCACAGGCCCAAAGCCAACCGGCAGCCCGGCCACAGGCACAGCUCCAACAGGCAGCCCGGCCACAGGCACAGCUCCAACAGGCAGCCCGGCCACAGUUACAGCUCCAACAGGCAGCCCGGCCACAGGCACAGCUCCAACAGGCAGCCCGGCCACAGGCUCAAAUCUAACCACCAGCCCGGCCACAGGCCCAAAUCCAACCGGCAGCCCGGCUACAGGCCCAAAUCCAACCGGCAGACCGGCCACAGGCCCAAAUCCAACCAGCAGCAUGGCCCAUAGCGCAGCUCCAACCGGCAGCUCAGCCACAGGCCCAAAUCCAACCAGUAGCCCGCCCCAUAGCGCAGCUCCAACCGGCAGCCUGGCUACGGGCCCAAAUCCAACCGGCGGCCCGGCCACAGGCUCAAAUCCAACCGGCGGCCCGGCCACAGGCUCAUAUCCAACCGGCGGCUCGGCCACAGGCUCAAAUCCAACCGUUGGCCCGGCCACAGGCACAGCACCAAUGAGUGGAUCUGUAGUAACUGACAUGACUCUGGUGUUUGCCAACCAAACAUCGACUCCCAGUGUAAAUGUGGCGCUGGCAGCUUUCAUCAACAGUACCACCAACUUGACUAUUGUACAAGGCAGCAUCCAAAUUACACCUUCCAACACAACUGCUGCACCAAAUGCAACAGCAGCCGUCACCACCACCACUACCACCAUCACCAUCACCACCACUCCAGCAUCAACUAACCCACCAUCUGGUAGUGAAGGAUCUCUGAAUGUUCAGUUCAGCCUGAACCAGAACUUCACCUCAGAUCUCUCUAAACGUACUUCUUCGGGGUUCCAGAAUCUGUCUAUGCAUAUAGUCUCCCAGGUGAACAACGUCUUUUUCAAACAAUUUGCAUCAUUCCUUCGUUCCCUUGUCAACUCAUUCAGGAGCGGAUCUGUAGUGACCAGCAUGACUCUGGUCUUCACCAGCAAGUCUUCGGUUCCCAGCAUAAGCGCCGUCCUGGCAGCUUUCAAUUCCACCGGACUGAACAUUAUACCAAACAGCAUCAUUGUCACACCAACAAGCAGUGCUCACCAACCCACGGUCUUCUCUCUGGCAGUCUUACCUGUCACUUUGGCACUGCUAUUGGGACAGCUGGUGGCUAGCUAAUAGCCUGGCAAAGCCAAUGGCACCUCUACUAGCUAGCAAAUAUCCUGAAUCACCUGGCUGAGGUGGCACUGGUUUGACCAAUCGACUCUUCCCAGCUCUGAGGGAGACAGCCUAAAGAUGUAUGACCUUAAGAUCAAUGACCUUAAGAGGAAUCUUUUGUCAUGUAAAUUUGGAAUGUUUUUGAAUAUGAAUAUUCUUAGUAUUCUAUAUCAUUUGAUUAAAUAAGAGACACCAAUUCUAUGUAUAGCUUAUGUAACUGUAUUCCCACUUAUUCAAAUAGGCCAAAUAAGAUCUAAAUUACUUUUCAUUCAUUGUACCGUUACAUUGAACCUUGUACACAGCAACCAAAAUGGUGCAUUUAUCUAUUUAUCUAUCAGAUAGAAAAAUGAUUAGAAAACAUGUUUUUUCCAGGCUGACAUCCUAAUCCUAAUAUUCUUUUCAAUAUGUAUAAAAUACUUUUCCUAUCUAUUUCAAAUGUGUUUUAUCAUAUUUAUAAUUUCCCUCUUUAAUUGUCUGCUUGUUACUAUUGGCAUUUCACUGAAUAUCAUAUCAAAAUCAUGUCAAUGUUUUAAAAUGGUUGUAAAGCCUGGUUUCCACUACUCAUUAUCAUUAUUAUUAAAUCUAAUAUAUUAAAUGUAACACUUGUAAAAUAUA